AUUCCAUCUUACAGUCAGUCAAGAUGAUCUGGAAGCAAAUCCUCUUCUUUUCCUGCCUCUCAGCUUUUGUGAUCUUGGCCGUUCUCCAGGAUGCAGAAAGUGCUACUGUGGGCUCCAGACAAGCAGCUGCGGACGAGAACAAGGAAAGUCUGAAAAGGAAGAUUUUCAUGCAGGAAUCUGAUGCCUCCAACUUCUUCAAGAAGCGAGGCAAACGGUCCCCAAAGUCCCAGGAUGAGAUCAAUGUGGAGACACGGCAGCAGCUGAAGGCUGAUGAGCACCGGAGAGAGUAUUUUGAAGAACAAAGGAAUGAGUUUGAGAACUUUGUGGAGGAACAACAAGAUGAACAAGACGAAAGGAACCGGGAACAGGUUGAACAGUGGCGCCAGUGGCACUACGAUGGUCUCAACCCACCGUACCAAUUCAACCGCCAUCAUGUCUAACCUCUGCGCAGAAGGCAAACUAAGGAGAAUGACUUGAACAACGUUUGUUAAUGUUGGCAUCACACACUUUCUCACAAACACACACACACACAAUGCGGGUGUUGGGAGACAGUGGAACACCCACUGAAAUCUGGCAAGCGGCAAACAAAUCUGGCAGCAAGCAUCCAGUCUGAGAGUCUCAACACAGUAUUUGCCGUAACAGACAGCCUCCUAUUUUAUGUUGGGGUCCCUUUUGUUAUAAUGGAUAGA